AGUCUGAGAUAUCCCUUCUCCGUUCUCGCGGUACCAAGAGUAAAGCUGGGCUGCCACAGUCCCAGAACGGACGCAGUCAGACACCUAUAUGAGAUUGCCAAGCUCUGUAACAUAGCCCAGUUGUCGUCCAGAAACGCCGUUGUAGAGGCUGCUACCUCUUUGUUCAAUUCUCACGUACCUACCUAUCUGUCAUUUAGUUUUUUACUCAAAAUCGAAAUUAUAAAAAUAACCGUGAAUUUCGUUCUCAUUCGUGCUUCGAAUUUAUUUUAUUCGUGAAGUGCAUUCCGCUUUUACCCAAGUGAGGAGUUUCGAAUCUUCCGUGUUCUUCAGAUCUUCAGAUCUUCAGAAUGGCAGGUUUGAGAAAUGCCUUAGGAGCUCACGAGCUUACAGAUAAAAAAGGUGGAUUGUACCGAGCACUCUUUGCGGAGUUCUUGGGGACGUUAUUCCUUAACUUUUUUGGAUGUGGUGCCGUUGUCACAGGUGAUGUUGUGGCCAUAAGUUUGGCCUUUGGAAUAGCAGUUGCUGCCGCAGUGCAGGCUGUUGGACACGUAUCAGGUGGACACAUAAACCCUGCUGUUACAGUUGGGAUGCUCGCUAUUGGCAAGGUACCAGUGGUUCGAGCAGUUCUAUACAUAAUAUCGCAGUGCGCGGGUGCCAUUGCUGGAUCAUCUUUUUUGAGAGCCCUUUCAACUGAAGAAAAUUUCCUUGAACAAAGACUGGGGGCAGUCAGUCUAAGCAAAAUUACAGCUGUGCAAGGCUUUGGAAUCGAAUUCUUCCUUGCUCUAGUCCUCGUCGUCGUUGUCUGCGGCGCCUGCGAUUCAGGGAAACCUGAGAGCAAAGGAAUUGCACCCCUGAUUAUUGGCCUCGUAGUGGCAGCCUGUCAUCUUAUUGCAGUGGACCGAACUGGACCUGGAAUGAACCCAGCGAGGUCAUUGGGGGCCGCUGUGGCUAACGGAAAGUAUGAUGACCAUUGGCUUUAUUGGGUUGGACCUAUUCUUGGAGGAGUUGCAGGUGCCUUGAUUUACACUCAUGCACUUGGUGCAGCGAAGGAACAGGAACUUCCGAGAUCUUAUGCAACCGUGGACACGGAAGAGAAGGAGCUCCAACGGCUCAACAGCAAGAAGGGCACUCCACCUGCUUGAAGCUUUAACUACAGUUAAUCUGCUGCAUCUUUAUUUACGUACCUUUUAAUCGGGCAUAACCUGCAUGCUCCUUUCGUCCGCCCAUUCAACUUCCUGGAGAAGACUUCUUCCAGGUUUUACACAUCUUACGAAGAAUUCUAUUUAAAUUUAGGACUAAAGAUUUAAUACGACAAAAUCGAUCUUUACAUAAUUUUUCAUAACCAUCCCUGUCACUCCUAAUUAAACUGCGAACUUCCCUAAGCAUAUCAAUGCACAUAUAAUACUUGUUCUCUAGAUUUGAAUCAGUGGGAACUUACUGAUUCAAAUUUUGAGAUUAUAUAGUUCUAUAGUGCAGAGAUGCGUUUCUUUCCAUGUUUAAGAGCAAAAUGAAUAUUUUUUAUAUAAAAAUAUAUUAAGUGAUCUUAAAGAAAUUGAUUGUAUUACAUUUGUAUGAAAAUUGCGCUCAGUUUUGUGAAAAAAUAGGAUUUUUCAAAACUAUUGAUUGAAACUAUUUAGCAAUAUUUCGGUCAAAUUAAUGAUCUAUCUUUGCCUUUGAGAACUAUAAUGUCUUAAAUCAAUUAAGUAAAUGAGUAUACGCAUAUAUUUUAUUCAUCUGUAUUAAAAUAUAUAAGUAAUUAUUUAAUUUAUGUAUAUUUUUAUAUUAACAUAUAAAAACAGCUUCAUACUCCAAAUGCGUGAAUUUUACAAAGGAAACGAUCAAUAAAACGUUUCCCUUUCAGUUUAAGCCACAUCAAAGCAGAGCCAUCUUGUGAUGGCUCUUUAAGUUAUACUGUCAACAGUUAUAGAUUUUUUCUGUAGCCUAUUAUCUACCGGAAAAUAACAUGCGACUUUUAAUUCAAGCCACUGUAAAUUUAACCUCCUCAUUGAUCUGAAUGUGCACAUUAAUGUACCAGCUGACUGCAUGAGAGUGAUCUCCAUAAUUAUCAGCUGCUUAAUCAUUAAUACUGGAUUCAUUUUGUAUUUCUUUGACAAUGCAUACAUUCAACCGUACAUCUCCUAUCGAUAAUUUUCGUUAGAAUAAUAUUUAUAAUUAGAGGAUCGACUAUUGUUUUACUUCGCCAUAGUCUAAGUUUAGUAUUAUAUUUAUGUCAGAUUAAAUGUAUGUUACAGUGUGACGUUCUAUGCAUAAUAAAAGAGAAAUACUUUGUACAA